AUGGAGGAGUACCCAGUACCCCCCAGUGCCGUAGAGGAGAGUAACCAUGAGUUUCACUCUUCAUCAGAUGAGAGAGAUUCUUGUUUCAUUCCUCCUAAUAAUCAUCAGACUGAUGACCUACAGUACCUCCAGCACUCAAGCCAUUCUGAUGAUUCUGAGGUGGAAAACAUUAUGCACGAGCCUCUGCACCAGCAGCAGCACCCCCUACAGGUCCCUGAGUUUCCUGAAUUGGGCCGGCAUAUGGGGGGUGGGGAGUGCCCCCUCAGCCCAUCACUGCUGAGGCCCCCUGUGGCGGGUAGUGCUCAGUCAGACUCCAGCUCAGAGGCUGCUGGCUCACGGUGCAGGAGUGUGGAGUUUGACCUGCCCUCCCCUCUCAGCCCGUCCAGGCCCAAAAGCCCCUGGGGCCUGUUUGACCCCUAUGAAAACUCAGAGGACCAGGACAAAGAAUAUGUUGGUUUCGCCACUCUGCCAAACCAAGUUCACAGAAAGUCAGUCAAGAAGGGAUUUGACUUCACUCUUAUGGUGGCAGGUGAAUCUGGGUUGGGGAAGUCCACCCUGGUCAAUAGCCUAUUUCUAACAGACCUAUACAAAGAUAGGAAGCUGCUAAAUGCUGAAGAGAGAAUCACACAGACAGUGGAGAUCACCAAACAUACAGUGGACAUCGAGGAGAAAGGCGUCAAACUUAAGCUCACCAUUGUGGACACUCCUGGCUUUGGGGAUGCUGUAAAUAAUACUGAAUGUUGGAAGUCAGUGGCAGACUACAUCGAUCAGCAGUUUGAGCAGUACUUCAGGGACGAGAGCGGACUCAACCGCAAAAACAUCCAGGACAACCGCGUGCACUGCUGCCUCUACUUUAUCUCACCGUUCGGGCAUGGUCUUCGGCCUCUUGAUGUGGAGUUUAUGAAGGCUCUUCAUGAAAAGGUUAAUAUUGUGCCAGUUCUAGCAAAAGCAGACACACUCACCCCCAGCGAAGUCAGGAAAAAGAAAAUAAAGAUCAGAGAAGAAAUUGAACAAUAUGGGAUCAAAAUCUACCAGUUCCCAGACUGUGACUCUGAUGAAGACGAGGACUUUAAGCAGCAGGACCUUGAACUAAAGGAGAGUAUUCCUUUUGCUGUGAUAGGCAGCAACACUGUGGUAGAGGCCAAAGGCAAGAGAGUAAGAGGUCGUCUGUACCCUUGGGGUAUUGUUGAAGUUGAGAACUCUGCACACUGUGAUUUUGUGAAGCUGCGAAACAUGCUUGUUCGCACACACAUGCAGGACCUCAAAGAUGUGACCCGGGAGACGCACUAUGAAAACUACAGGGCCCAGUGCAUCCAGAGCAUGACCCGCAGAGUGGUGAAGGAGCGCAACCGCAACAAGCUAACGCGGGAGAGCGGCACAGACUUCCCCAUCCCCGCUGUGUCAGGGGUGGCCGAUAGUGACACAGAAAAACUCAUCCGAGAGAAAGAUGAAGAGUUGCGACGGAUGCAGGAGAUGUUACAGAAGAUUCAGGACCAAAUGCACACACAAAACUAUUGACACAAGACUUUGUCAGUGAGUUUAAACUGGGAAUAACUCCCCAGUGACCUCCAUCGUUCACAAAACUGUCACAUGGCCAGUGCACCGCCUCACACACUGCAGUAGAUUGAGCAGGGAGUAGGUGGUACAGUGAUUUAACACAUCUUUCAUGUUCUCAGCAAUAUCCCAAU